AUGACAAUUCAACAAUUUUAUAGAAAACCAGCAAUUUCAGAAUAUGAAAUUAAAUUAUUAAAAAAUAAUUUAAAGAAACAACAUAAUAUUGAUAUUGAAUCAAUUGAAACUGAAUAUUGUUUCAAUGUUCAAUAUCCCGAUAAUCAUAAAUUAAAUGAAUCGGAGCAAUCAACAUUGGUAUGGUUAUUAUCAGAAACCUUUGAGCCAAAGAAUUUCUCAAUUGAUAAAUCAUUUUUAAAAACCACUACCACCACCACCGAAAAUGAAAUUAUAAUUGAAGUUGGACCACGUAUGAAUUUCACAACUACCUAUUCAUCAAAUGCAACAUCGAUUUGUAAAUCAUGUAAUCUUUCAAUAAUUGAUAGAAUUGAACGUUCCAGACGUUAUUUAGUUAAAUCAGUAUCGAAAUUAUCAGAGAAACAAAUUGACCAAUUUUUAGAACUAAUUCAUGAUAGAAUGACAGAAUGUCUUUAUCCAACACCAAUUAAAUCCUUUGAUACUGGCAUCAUUCCAAAAGCAGUGGUUUACAUUCCAGUUGUUGAAGAAGGUCGUGCCGCUUUGGAGAGAGUAAACAAAGAGAUGGGUUUAGCAUUUGAUGAACAAGAUUUAGCAUUAUAUACCGAUUUAUUCCAAAAUCAAUUAAAACGUAAUCCUAGUGAUGUAGAAUGUUUUGAUAUUGGUCAAUCAAACUCUGAACAUAGUCGUCAUUGGUUCUUUAAUGGUAAAUUAAUUGUUGAUGGUAAUAUGUCUGAUAAAACUUUAUUUCAAAUUGUUAAAAAUACUUUAAAAGCAAAUCCUCAAAAUUCUUUAAUUGCAUUUUCUGAUAAUUCUUCAAGUAUAAAAGGAUUUAAAACAAAAGUUUUAAUUCCAAAAUCACAAAUUGAAGCAAGUGAAUAUUUAGAAGGUGAAAGAGAACAACCAAUUAUUUUUACAGCAGAAACACAUAAUUUUCCAACUGGUAUUGCACCAUUUGAAGGUGCAGAGACAGGUACUGGUGGUAGAUUAAGAGAUACACAUGCAACUGGUAGAGGUUCAUUGGUUGUUGCAGGUACAGUUGGUUAUUGUGUUGGUAAUUUAAAUAUUCCAGGUUAUGAAUUACCAUGGGAGAAUAAAGAAUACAAUUAUCCAGAUAAUAUGGCAAAUCCAUUAAAGAUUGAAAUUGAAGCAUCCAAUGGUGCCUCUGAUUAUGGUAAUAAAUUUGGUGAACCUGUCAUCAUUGGUUUCACUCGUUCCUAUGGUAAUACACUUCCAAAUGGUGAAAGAAGAGAAUGGAUUAAACCAAUUAUGUUCUCUGGUGGUAUUGGAUUUAUGGAUGAACGUCAUCUUAAAAAGGAACAACCAGAGAUUGGUAUGGUGGUAGUUAAAGCAGGUGGUCCAGCCUAUCGUAUUGGUAUGGGUGGUGGUUCAGCCUCGUCAAUGGUUGGUGGUGAUAAUAAACAUGAAUUGGAUUUUUCAGCUGUUCAAAGAGGUGAUGCUGAAAUGGGCCAAAAGUUAAAUAGAAUCGUUAGAUCCUGUGUAGAAUCUGAAAUUCAUGGUGGUUGUAAUCCAAUAGUUAGUGUCCACGAUCAAGGUGCCGGUGGUGCAGGUAAUGUUCUCAAGGAGAUUGUCGAUCCAUUGGGCGCAAAGAUUUAUUUAGAUCGUAUCAUCUCUGGUGAUCCAACUUUAUCGGCUAUGGAAAUUUGGGGCGCAGAAUAUCAAGAGAAUGACGCACUCCUCAUCAAGGCUGAGCAUAAAGAUUAUUUAAAGAAAGUAUCAGAAAGAGAAAGAUUACCAAUUGCAUUCGUUGGUGAUGUCACUGGUGAUGGUAUCGCUCAGUUGAUUACAAAAGAUGGUGAAACUCCAGUUAAUUUACCAUUGGAUAAAGUUUUACAAAAGAUGCCACCAAAAACCUUUGUAUUGGAUCAUGUUGAGAAACAAUUGAAACCAUUCACACUUCCAAAGGAAUUGUUGGUUGGAGAUCAUCAAACAUGUUUUAAUGAAUGUUUAAACAGAGUAUUGAGAUUAUUAUCAGUUGGUUCAAAACGUUUCUUAAUCAAUAAAGUCGAUAGAGCAGUAACAGGCUUAGUUGCAAGACAACAAUGUGUUGGUCCAUUACAUACACCAGUUUCAAAUGUUGCUGUGAUUAGCAGUGGUUACUUUGGCAAGAGUGGCGCUGCAACAUCCAUUGGUGAACAACCAAUCAAAGGUUUCAUCUCUGCAAAAUCAAUGGCUUAUUUAACCGUCGGUGAAGCAUUAACCAAUUUAAUGUGGGCAAGUAUCACUGAUUUGGGCGAUGUUAAAUGCUCAGGUAAUUGGAUGUGGGCUGCCAAAUUAAAGGGUGAAGGUGUUGAACUUUAUGAUGCCGCCAUUGAAAUGCAUGACGUUAUGGUUGAAUUGGGUAUUGCCAUCGAUGGUGGUAAGGAUUCAUUAUCUAUGGCUGCAAAAGCACCAAAAUCAGAUGGUUCACAAGAAUUGGUAAAGGCACCAGGUGCAUUGGUAGUUUCAACCUAUGUACCAUGCGAUGAUAUCACAUUGACCGUUACACCAGAUCUUAAAUUAUCAUCAAAAGAUGAUAGUGUAAUCCUCUAUUUAGAUUUAGGUUGUGCUAAUAAUUUCAUUGGUGGUAGUGCAUUAACCCAAGUUUUCAAUCAAGUUGGUAAUGAUGAACCACAUCAUAAUACUCCAUUAUUAAAGAAUACCUUUAUGGCAAUUCAAAAAUUAGUUAAACAACAAUUAAUUUCAGCAGGUCAUGAUAGAAGUGACGGUGGUUUAAUUACUACUUUAAUUGAAAUGUCUUUAUCAGGUAAUAGAGGUUUAGAAAUUAAUUUACCAGAUACCCAUAAUUCCGAUCAAUCACCAUUAUCAAUCAUUAAAUUAUUAUUCUCAGAGGAAUUAGGUGCAGUUUUAGAAAUUAAAAAAUCAAAUCAACAAAUUGUUUUAGAUAUUUUAAAACAAUUUAAUGUACCAACUCAAGUUAUUGGUAAUACAUCAUGUAAUAAUAAUAAUAAUAAUAAUAAUAAUGGUAGUGAUGAGGAUUUGUUUAUUGUUAAAGUUGGUGAUAAAUUAAUUUAUAAUAUAAAAUUAUCACAAUUAUCAAAACAAUGGGAAGAAACAAGUUAUCAAUUAGAAUUACUUCAAGCUAAUCCAACAUUUGUCGAGAGUGAAAUGAAGAACCUUUUAAAGAGAGCAACAGGUAAAGGUAAAGGUCCAAAUUAUAAUAUGACCUAUAAGAUAUCACCAAUUAGUAAAGAGUUGGCUUUGUUAGCUAAUAAGGCUCCAAAGGUUGCAGUGAUUAGAGAGGAGGGUAGCAAUGGUGAUAGAGAGAUGGCAGCAGCAUUCCAUUUUGCAGGUUUCCAAGCAUUCGAUGUAACAAUGUCUGAUCUUUUAAAUGGUAACAUUCAAUUGGAUGAAAGAUUUAAAGGUGUUGCAUUCGUUGGUGGUUUCUCAUAUGGCGAUGUCAUGGAUUCAGCUAAAGGUUGGGCAGGCUCAAUUCGUUUCAAUCAACAAGUUUCAAAACAAUUUGAUCAUUUCUAUGGUAGAAACGAUACUUUUUCAUUGGGUCUUUGCAAUGGUUGCCAAUUGAUGGCUUUGCUUGGCUGGGUGCCAUAUAGAGGUAUUGAACAAACUCAUCAACCUCGUUUCAUUCAUAACGCAUCCGGUCGUUUCGAAUCUCGUUGGGUCAAUGUUAAAAUUAUGCCAUCACCUGCAUUACUCUUGAAAGGUAUGGAAGGCUCAGUACUUGGUGUUUGGUCUCAACAUGGUGAAGGUCGUUUCUGGAGUGAAGAUCAAUCAAUUGUCAAUGAUAUCAAAGCUAACAAUCUCUCACCAAUUCGUUAUGUCGAUGAUGAUGGUGAAAUCACUGAAUCCUAUCCAUUCAAUCCAUCUGGUACUCAAGAGGGUUUCGCUUCCUUAUGCUCAAAAGAUGGUAGACAUUUAGCAAUUAUGCCACAUCCAGAACGUUCUUUCCUCUCUUGGCAAUGGCCAUUCAUGCCUGAAAAUAUUAAACAAAAUGUUGGUGGUUUAGAUCAACCAUCACCUUGGAUUAAAAUUUUCCAAAAUGCUAAAUCAUUUUGUGAUUCUUUAAAUUAA